ACUUAAAUAGCUUUCUGAUUAUUAAUUGUAAUUAGGAACACGACGAAAUAUUAUAGUGUUUGUUAUGUUUGUAUUGUGAUUAGUCGAUUUCUUUUGAACUGAAAACUAUUUAUUUCUUAAAAAAAAAAUAAAAAUUUGAAAAAAUGCCUCCUAAGAACGAUCCAGAGAUAUUAGCUUUGAGAAAGGAGUUGGAGGAACUUUAUAAAAAAUUACAGGAAGAUCAAAAGAAAGUCGAAGAUACUUCAUUGGAGAAAGCAUGCGAGAGCGUAGGUGCGGCCCCCAAAGUAAAGCUCACCACCAAAAAAUUAAUGAAGGGUCAUUUGAAUAAAGUUAAUUCUAUCCAUUACAGUGGAGAUAGUCGUCAUUGCGUUACUGGUUCUCUAGAUGGAAAGCUCAUCAUUUGGGAUACUUAUACUGGAAAUAAGAUGCAGAUUAUACCGCUAAGAUCAGCUUGGGUGAUGAGCGUUGCUUUUGCACCAUCUGGAAAUUACGUGGCUUGUGGUGGAAUGGACAAUAUGUGUACUGUAUAUGAUUUGAACAAUAGAGACUCGAAUGGUGUUGCAAAAAUGGUAAGGGAAUUAGCGGGGUACGAUGGUUUCCUUAGCUCUUGUCGUUUUUUAGAUGACAAAUCUAUUAUUACUGGUUCUGGAGACAUGAAAAUAUGUAAGUGGGAUUUGGAAACUGGUAAAAAAAUAUCCGAUUUCAUUGCUCACAAUGGCGACGUAGUCUCUAUUAGUUUGUCACCUGACGGCAAGACUUUCGUAACAGGAAGCGUGGAUAAAACUUGCAGAUUAUGGGAUAUCCGAGAAGAUAAACCCAAACAAACUUUCUUCGGACACCAAUCCGAUGUAAAUUCAGUAUGCUACCAUCCAAGCGGACAUUGUUUCGCAACUGGUUCGGAAGAUAAGUCAGCCAGGAUGUUUGAUAUAAGAAGCGACCAGCAGAUAGCCCUUUAUAAACCACCCACAGAGAACAGUGGAUUCACUUCAUGCGGUUUAUCACUAAGUGGAAGAAUUCUUCUUUGUGGCUCUGACGAUAAUAAUAUACACCUGUGGGAUACCUUGAAGAAUCAGCAUAACGGUAAUAAUAUCAUAAUAAACAUCAUAAAGCCCUAUCAUAAUCUAUUGGUUAUGCAGCAUCAGAAAAACCUCAUUUUAAGAUGGAUCAAUAUUUCAUUUCGAUUUUUGUUAAUUUUCCAAUCAUUUUCUUCUUUUUCGCGCUAAUGGUAUCCAUUGAGCUAUUCUAUUUUAUGAUUUCCGUUAGAUUUCUCUUCAUCAUAGACCAAUUUUGUUAUAUUUUCCUUUCUAAAUUCUUGGUUUUUAUUUGCUUUCCUUCACAUUCGAACCUGGAUGUUGUUGCCUGUGUCGUUUCCAUAGCCGCACAAAAUCUUCGAUCAAAACUGCAGUUAAACAGUUUUAUUACGUUUAAAUGAAGAAUUUUUUUGUCGAAUCUACUAGUUCCAAGAAAAAAAUUCAGACUAAGAAAUGUUUUUAAGCAAACAGGCAUACUGAGUAAGAUCAGAUAUUAAAAUUUUAAGUUUCUAUCUUUUUAAAUGGACUAAAAAAGGAAUAAAAUCAAACUUAAUUGGAAGCAUUAGAAGUCUAUAUAUAGUACCAACCUAAAUAACGUCAGAACACAACAUGAAAAACAAUAAUAUUUGGAAAAAACAACGAAGUAAGACUAGGUUGCAUAUCAAGUCCGCUGCUAUGCACGAUAAUCCUCAAUGAAGCUAUAAAAGAAAUAAAAACGGGCACUGCACAACGUUACACUGACAGAAAUAUGCUACGCUGUUGACAUGGUCAUAUUUACAGAGGUCGAAGGAACAAUCACCAAAUUGAGGUAUUUCGGGAAGUGUUUUUCCCAUCAUCAAGGAAACUGCUAAUGUCUUUGUAUUUCUAAUGUGACACCUGAUUGAAGAUUAGCGUUGUUAUAGGACCGGAUUGGAAUUUUGAAAAUUUUCGACGUUUCAGCCCGCACUUUGAAGCAUUAUCAAAACGGGUAAUGAUUAUUGGUUGAUUGGUAACAAGCGGUCCGAUUCCGUGGUCCCAUGCAGCCUAGUCCAUCCCUUUUUUGGUUAAUUCCGAGGCUUCAAUCUGCCUACUCCUUGGAAUCAUCCAAAAAAGGGUGAUCCGUUACGUGGAGUAGGCAGAUUGAUACCAUGGAAUCGGACCACCUUUUACCAAUGAACGAACAACCACCCUAUCUGCUUCCUCCCUUGAUAAAGGCUUCAAAGUAGGAGCCGAAACGUCGUAAAUUUUCAAAAUCUUUUAUUUUACAUCUGCUUCAUUUGUUUAUUCUUCUUUCGAAUGUUAUAUCUCAUUAUUUUUGUUUUUUCUUUUCAAUAACUAUGCAACUAAAUUUCUAAAUUCAGGAUUUAAUAGUUGUAUUACUCUAUCAACGAAACUAAUAAUCACUACUUUUAUUAUAUUCGCAGUAUAUUUUGUUUGCAGGUACUCUUUCUGGGCAUGAAAAUAGAGUUACAUCGAUAUCGGUUGCAGAUAAUGGAAUAGCUGUUGCUUCUUGUAGUUGGGACCAAACCGUUCGAGUUUGGGGUUAAUUUAAGUUUAAAAAAUUUGGAAGAAAGCUGGGUUAGGUUUAUUAAUACUUUUUAUUAUACAUUUCUAAAAUAUUGACAUAUGUUGUACGAAAUACUUGGAAUAACUAAUAAAUAAAUGUUAAUGUGUAA